ACACCUUUAUCACCCAGCGCCGAACGACCACUGCCGUUCAGUGUCUAUCAUCUCGGAAUCUUGAUAUAGAGGGUUUCACUUGCGGUUAUGUGAAUAAUUGCUAUUAUUCAGUGUUCACCUGAAGAAAUGGAUUCGUGGACAGCCAAGCUCGAGCACUAUGCCGUCCUAGGGCACCUAGAGGGGGUGCAGUUGGCGCUGGCAGCCGGGGCGGCCGUUGAUGGCAGCUCCAAGGGACUGCGGACUCCCCUCCACAACGCUGCUCGGAGCGGUAACCUGGUGAUCGUGAGACUUCUGUGUGAUCACCAGGCCAACACCAGGGUCAAGAGUCUCAUUGACAGAGGGAUGCAGCCCCUGCACCUCGCUGUGAGGAACGGCUACACGGACGUUGUGAGGGAGCUGCUGACUAGGGGCGCCGAUGUUGGUGCCGCCGAUAACAAAGGUUUCCAGGCUGUCCACCUGGCAGCGGUCCACGGCCACAAGGAGGUUCUGGAGGUGCUGAGAGAGCACAACUGCGACCUGGACUCUCAGAACAGAGACGGAGCCACGGCCCUGCAUCUGUCGGCCGAGAGCGGUCACCUGGAGGUGGUGAGGUGGCUGGUGGAGCAAGGCGCCUCCACACACGUCACAGACACCCACCUCCGCACCGCACAAGACUACGCUAAAAGACUACGUUCACAUGAGGCUAUUGUAGAAUUUCUCCAGGGCUAUAGCAGUCCCAUUGACCAGCAGGGAAGCGCCACCCAGGAGGAAGAGGAGCCGCCUACAAGAGAAUCACACUCAGCCCGCCAAAACAGCGUUGCUCACCAGAACCGAGACGUCAACCAGAGCCGUGACGCCAACCAGAACCGAGACGCCAACCAGAGCCGUGACGCCAACCAGAGCCGUGACGCCAACCAGAACCGAGACGUCAACCAGAGCCGUGACGCCAACCAGAACCGAGACGUCAACCAGAGCCGUGACGCCAACCAGAACCGAGACGUCAACCAGAGCCGAGACGUCAACCAGAACCGAGACGCCAACCAGAACCGAGAUGUCAACCAGAGCCGUGACGCCAACCAGAGCCGUGACGCCAACCAGAGCCAUGACGCCAACCAGAGCCGUGACGCCAACCAGAGCCGAGACGUCAACCAGAGCCGUGACGCCAACCAGAGCCGAGACGCCAACCAGAGCCGUGACGCCAACCAGAGCCGUGACGCCAACCAGAGCCGUGACGCCAACCAGAACCGAGACGUCAACCAGAGCCGAGACGUCAACCAGAGCCGUGACGCCAACCAGAGCCGAGACGUCAACCAGAGCCGAGACGUCAACCAGAGCCGAGACGUCAACCAGAGCCGUGACGCCAACCAGAACCGUGACGCCAACCAGAGCCGUGACGCCAACCAGAGCCGUGACGCCAACCAGAACCGUGACGCCAACCAGAGCCGUGACGCCAACCAGAACCGAGACGUCGACCAAAACCUUGACGCCAAUGAGAACCGAAACGCCAACCAAAAUGCCAAUGAGAACCGAGACGAAAACCGUCAACAGCAACGUCCCCAACAGCAGCAACAGCGUCCUCAACAGCAGCAGCAGCGACCCCAAUACCAGCAACAGCGUCCCCAACUGCAGCAACGGAAAAGCCAGCAGACAUUACAUCAGCAUAGAAAACAAAAGCAGCAAUUGCAACAACAGCAGCCAGAGAAACAAGAGCAACUACAAGGCCAGCAGCAGCAACACGAACAAGACCACCAGCACGACAGAAGACAAGCUCGCGCAACACCCACUCUCCAUCUACCGAAGCCAUUAUCUGAACCUCCUGGGGGCGCUGACGACGCCCCUGACCAAGCUCUUCAACCUCAACCCGCCAGCCAAUCACACCCACGACAAGAUCAAGACCAACAGGCAUUAACCCAGCCUUCAACUGCGAACAACUGCACCACUACUCCAACCCCGCCACCACGAUGUGAUGGACUCUUGUAUCGUAUGCUGUCUACGUCCGAGACUGAUGACUUAGAGGGGGAAGCGGAGAUUAAUGAUUCUCUAUCUACUGAUACCACAGAACAGGAGAUCGUGGAGGCCGUGUCAGCAGGAAACCACGCUGCCACAGAGAGAUUGCUGGUAGCUGGGACCAGUCCAGACACCCGCAGCUCCAAGGCAGGGGAGAAAGGUCUGACGUUGAUGCACCUGGCCUGCUGGAGUGGCUACCCGAAGAUCGUAAGACUCCUCGCUAAGUACAGAGCCGACCGUAAGGCCACAGCCCAUGGGCUGCUGGCUAUACACUGGGCAGCUGUGGGCGGCCACGUACCUGUGCUGGCGGUGAUGUGGGAGAAGGGCUUCAGCAUCAAAGCUAGGAGUCAGGACGGGGCGACGCCGCUGCACCUGGCUGCCGACCACGGCAACAUGGAGGCGGUGAAGUGGCUGGUGGAGAAGGGCGCCUACCUCAACGUUAAGGAUAAGCGCGGUCGAACGCCCAAGCUCGUGGCCAAGGAGGCGGGCAACAAGAUGAUCGUCAAGUUCCUGCAGGACAAGGAGGAUGAGAUGCACUUAAGUAACCUGCAGGAGCAACGUAAGCUUGGUGAAGGAAGCUUCGGCGAGGUGAUCCUUGUAAGGAGUAACAACGGCUUCGUAGUGGUGAAGAGGAUCGACCUGUCGCAGCUCCGACGGAAGCACCAAGAGUACGCCCACAGGGAGCUUAAGCUACUCAAGUCUCUGUGUCACCCCUACAUCGUCGCUUACAGGGGCGGAGGGUUCGAGGGCAAACAUUUACACAUCCAUAUGGAAUACUGCAGCGGCGGGGACCUGGCCUCCCGCAUCCAGGAUCAGAAGACCGCUGGAGUCGACUUCGAGGAGCGUCUUGUCCAUUGCUGGGUGCUUAGCAUCUGCUUGGCUCUCAAGUACAUCCACGGUCGCAACAUACUGCACAGGGACUUGAAGCCUCAUAACAUCUUCCUGACGGAGGGCGGCAUCAUCAAGCUGGGGGACUUCGGGUUGGCGCGCGUCAUAGGCGAUGCCCAGCGUGCUCUCACCUCCCUGGGCUCCCCUGCUUAUAUGAGCCCUGAAGUGAUACGCGGAGAAGCCUAUGACGCUAAGGCCGACAUGUGGGCCCUGGGGUGUUGUCUCUACGAGUUGGCAACACUGGAACGAGGGUUUCCUUACAACGAGGUGAUCGUGUCAGGAGGGUUCUGCGAGGAGUACAAGGCGGCUGUGGUGUCCCUUCUGCAGCAGGAUCCGGCCAGGCGGCCCACAGCGGCCCUCCUCCUCAGGAAGUCCUUCAUUCUGGAGGCGAUGGAGAGCCAGCUAGAGGAGAAGGAACAGGACGUGACGGAGCUGAACAGAGAAGUGCUUCAGCUGAGUCAAGAGGCGGAGGAGCUCAUCACACAACUGGAGGCACUUAGAGCCAGGAACACCAGACCAAACGAGAAGAAACCCAAGACGUGAACAACAAAAUAUCUGAAGGUGGUGAAGGAGGAAAAUAAGAAAUAUAAGCUAAAGGAGACCGAAUGUAGAAGACAUUAGAAAUACAUAAGAAACAUGUAAAUUUAGAUAAGCUAUUUCCUGGAAAGUUCAUACCAAUAGAUAAAUAAAUUAAUGUAAUUGGGUAGCUAUUAACUCUCUCCUGAUAAACACGGUACAUAAGACACUUGACUGAUGACCCCAGAGUAAUUAUCAAACGAAGGAACCAAGCCGGAGAGAGACCCCCCCAGAGUAAUAUUUGGAGUGUGGCUUGAAGCCUAUCAACCGAGGAAGGAUUAUGAAGGCCACCACAAUACCUUACUGAUCAACCUGCGAGAUUACUCUACCUUUGAACAUUAGUUCAAGACUAAAGUAAACUCAUAAAGAAAUGGGGUACACCUCUCCGUUUAUAUAUAUAUAUAUAUAUAUAUAUAUAUAUAUAUAUAUAUAUAUAUAUAUAUAUAUAUAUAUAUAUAUAUAUAUAUAUAUAUAUAUUGGUAUAAGUGUUGGUCUUAGGUAUAUCAACCUCUGAAGUGUUAUCAAGGCCAAACAAGAGCUUAAAGGCCAACCAGCAAAAAUGCUUUAGCUCUAAACAUUGCCUAGGACUAAAGUAAACUUUCAGUGUAUCUCUUUGGCAACCUGUCCUCAGCCUAGGCUUGUCCGUCCAUUUUAAGGUACCGCGGGUUAAAAAAAAUAUUUUUUAAAAUAUGUUAAUAAUAUUCCAUACUACAAAGUGUUGAAUAGUUAAGGCUAAAUUAAGUUCCGUUGGCACUUAUUAGUAUUUGCAGUACGUGGAUGAAGCACUUAGAGAGGCGGGAUUCGAACAGAGGACGUGAACAAAACGUUUCACUGCUCGAGAAACACACACACGUCAUCAGUCGAGUGGUGUGUUAAGUUAUUUACAUUUAAAAUAUAUUUCAAUAUUUAUAUGUACCAUAAAUGAUAAUUUAUAAUAGUAUCUCCUAAAAAUAUGUUUAGAUUUACUGAACACUCUUGGAAGUUACAGCUUUAUUUGGGCUCUAGUUGUAAAAUAAAUCGUAAAUAAUGCUGAAUCUACGCUCACAAGAAUACAUAAUACAGGUGUGUGUAUUAUGAAAGCACAUAUCAACAUUAAAGUCAUAUGUUGGAAGAGUGUAGUAUUUAGUAGGCUAAAUAGCCUACUUAGCUAAAACAUAGAUAACAAGGGGGAUUUGGUGGUUGGAAUAACGAAUAUUUGGCCUGUGUCGAUGAGGACGGGUUGCCCCUUUGGGUGAGGCUGUCAACUCUCCUCUAUAUAUUAUAGUACUAUAUACUACUAUAUACUAUAUACUCUAUAUACUAUAGUACCCUGAGGGAUGAUAUGCCUUAGAUUCGAAACAACGCUCUGUGCAUCCAUGGUAAAUGACUUCAGGAGGUAAUUUAACAUUUUGUUAAUUUUAUGGUUUGUAAGAUUUGAGAAUAAAUAAUAGUUUUUC